AUGUUUAACGACAUUGCCGAUGAUAAACAGAAGAAAGGCGCCGUGAGGAUGGAGGGUGAACCCGAGUGGAUCAGCCGUAUGGCAGAGGACCAGGUGAUUAUUAGGCAGUCCAGUGGGGAGGAGGCAGACCGAUCCUCCAGUGAGGGGGGUCCUGAGGACGACUCGCCUGGAAUCAUUCAUUUCGACGAUGAUAAGUUUGGAAAUGUGACAGUGUACAAUAAUUUUUCUCGGCAUCACAUUGCGGACAAAUCCGUAAAUUCGGAAUACUUGAAUGUGAGCAAAAAGUACAAGGUGAACGGACACAAUUCAGAUACACUCCAUCAUAGUGGGCAGUCACACAAAGUGCAUUAUGCGGACAAUGUUGGAAUUAUUUCAAACAAAAACUCUCCUCCCAGUUCGAUUAAUGAGCUGGAUAAAAAGACACAGAAAGAAUUAAGGCGGAGGAGGCGCCGUCGAAUUUGUACAGUUAUUCUUCUGUUAUUCCUGGCUUUAAUCAUCGGGUUCGGGAUCGGACUCCUAGUGUACUUUUUGCUUCUGAAUGAUUCCGUCAUAGUGAAGCUUACCUUACCAAUUCUAAAUGAAACCUUUACAUCAGAAAUGGAUGACAUCAAUUCGGACGAUUUUCGGAGAAUAUCAAAACCACUCUGUGAGGAGAUGGAAUUUUAUUUUCAACACGAACGUGGAUUUGUUAUGUGCAACGUCCGAACAAUAAGUAAAACUGGUCCCUCGUCCUUGGAAGUAGGCGUGGAUCUAACAUUCCUGGAAUCAAUGCGGGGAGAUGACAUUCUUAAAAUACUUGACACAAAGGCCAAAAAGUUGUACUUUGAUGGAUUUGAAGUUGUCUUAAUAAGAAAUUUCAUCGUGGAUAUUAAAGGAAACGGUCAAAAUGAUGCUUGUCUACCAUCACCAUGUCAGAACAAUGGGAUCUGCUCAACUACAGAUGAUGGAGAUCUAAACUGCGCAUGCCCAAGUGGAUGGACAGGAAGUCGAUGUGAAAUUGACGUCAACACAUGCUUACAAUUUCCUUGCGGAAACAAUGGCGCCUGCCAGGAGAAGCUUGGAGAAGAUUCAUGCAUAUGCAAACGAGGCUGGAAUGGGCGACAAUGUGAACUGGACGUGGACGAGUGUUUGGACACUCCCUGUAAAAAUGGCGGGACUUGUGUCAAUACGGACGGCUCGUUUUACUGCACGUGUCCAGCAUCCUGGGAAGGGACAUUCUGCGAUAUCGAUAUCGAUGAUUGUAAGAGGUUUCCAUGCCAACAUGGUGGGACGUGUAUCAAUGACAUCGGAUUUUACAAUUGUACAUGUAUCCCCGGCUGGACAGGGAAGAACUGCAAUCAAGACGUUGACGAAUGUGGCUUGGCCCCGUGUCGUAAUGGAGGGACAUGUGUCAAUACACCUGGGUCAUACCUAUGUACCUGUGACGCGGGAUGGCUCGGCAAAUAUUGUGAUGUCGACGUUGACGAAUGCAUCAAUUUUCCUUGUCAACGUGGUGGCAUUUGUCGCAAUACUAAUGGAUCCUAUAGUUGCGCUUGUCCAGAAGGAUGGGAGGGUCCAAACUGCGAAUAUGAUACCAAUGAAUGUCAGUCUAACCCUUGUCUUAAUGGUGGUUUCUGUGAAAAUACCAACGGAUUUUAUCAGUGCCGGUGUGCUGAAGGAUGGAUGGGCCAAAACUGUCAUAUAGAUGUCGACGAAUGUCUUCAGUUCCCUUGUCAACACGGUGGACUGUGCCGUAAUCUGAAUGGGUCUUACUUCUGCGACUGUCCGGCGGGAUGGAUUGGACCGCACUGUCAGUUUGAUGUCGACGAAUGUUUGCGUUCUCCAUGUUCAAACAAAGCUGUAUGUGUCAAUGAUAACGGAUCCUACCGUUGUGUUUGCCCUGGUGGGCUUACAGGACAAAACUGUGAUUUCGAUAUAAAUGAAUGUGUUUCGUCUCCUUGCCAACACAAUGGAACAUGUACAAAUACAGUUGGAUCUUAUUCUUGCACAUGUUUACCUGGAUUUUCUGGAAAACACUGUGAGAAUGAGUUGUCCAGUUGUUCUUCUCUCACCUGUUAUAAUGGUGGUACGUGUCAGGAGUCUGCCGGACAAGAUACUUGUAAAUGUUUGCCGGGCUGGACGGGAAACCAAUGUCAAUACGAUGUUAAUGAAUGCCAGCAAAAUCCUUGCCAUAAUGGAGGUGUAUGUAACAAUAUAUUGGGAUCCUAUACUUGUACGUGUGCUGUGGGCUUUACAGGAACUGACUGUGUUCAAGAUUUGAAUGAGUGCCUACAGAAUCCUUGCUCCAACAGCCUCACAUGUCAGAACAUACCUGGGAGUUAUACAUGUGUUUGUAACCCCGGAUGGACAGGUCAAAAUUGUGACGUCGAUAUUAAUGAAUGUCUACUGAAUCCUUGCCAAAACCUGAGUCCCUGUAGCAACACACUUGGUUCUUACACGUGUUCAUGUUCACCACAAUGGACAGGACAAGAUUGUAAUAUCGAUGUUAAUGAAUGUUUGUACCUACCUUGCCACCACGGAAGUAGGUGUGAUAACUUUCAAGGAGGAUAUGUGUGCUCUUGCAAAAAUGGCUGGACAGGAACAAACUGUGACAUUGAUGUUAAUGAAUGUGCAACAUCGCCUUGUACCAAUGGAGCUCAGUGUGUUAAUACUGACGGCUCCUAUGUAUGUAAUUGUCCUGCAGGGUGGACAGGCCCGUUGUGUAAUAAUGAUGUGAAUGAAUGUGACCAGAAUCCAUGUCAACAUGCCAGUGGGUGUGUCAAUCGCCUUGGUAAUUACAGUUGUCAAUGCCUGCCAGGGUGGACUGGAGUCAACUGUGAAUUAGAUAUAGACGAAUGUUUAACCUCCCCUUGUCAGAAUGGAGGAGUUUGUGUGAACACAGACGGAUCAUAUCGAUGUUCCUGCAAAAGCGAAUUCACCGGUCAACACUGUGAACAAGACUUAAAUGAAUGCCAGAACAAUCCCUGUCAGAAUGGGGUUUGUCUGAAUACCAAUGGAGGUUAUUUCUGCUCGUGUUACUUAGGAUGGACAGGGGUUCGCUGUGAUAUUGAUGUAAAUGAGUGUUUGACAACGCCAUGUGUGCACGGUUCUUGCAGUAAUAACAUCGGGUCAUACACUUGUCAGUGCAACUCUGGGUGGACUGGAGCUAACUGUGAUAUCGAUAUAAAUGAAUGUAACAAUUUCCCCUGUGUUAACGGUACAUGUAGCAACACCCAGGGGUCGUAUCAGUGUAAUUGCCAUAGUGGCUGGAGGGGGAACAACUGUGAUAUAAAUAUAAACGAGUGUACCUCCGGACCUUGCCAGAAUGGUGGAUUCUGCCAAGACCUACCUGGUUCCUAUAUCUGCAAUUGUCCUGCAGGAUGGACGGGGCAAUUCUGUCAUCUCGACGUGGAUGAGUGUCAAUAUGGCCCCUGUCAACAUAGCUCGACCUGUUUGAAUAUUCCCGGAAGUUAUAGAUGUGAUUGCACUCAGGGUUGGACUGGUCAAAACUGUGAAAGUGACGUGAAUGAGUGUGAACAGUUCGUAUGUCAAAAUGGAGGAUCCUGUUCCAACAUAAAUGGUUCCUACGCUUGUCAGUGUACAGACGGAUGGACAGGAUCACGUUGUGAGCAAGACAGAAAUGAAUGUGCUGAAGGCAGAUGUCAGCAUAAUGCUCAGUGUUUCAACACCGAUGGAUCAUAUGUUUGUAUUUGUCCAAAGGAAUGGCAAGGCUGGGACUGUGAAAUUGAUGUAGAUGAAUGUUUGACAUCACCUUGUCUUAAUGGUGCCACCUGCCAAAAUCUUCCUGGAUCGUAUGUCUGUCAGUGCGCACAAGGCUGGACAGGACAACUUUGCCAGCAGGAUGUUGACGAUUGCUUGAGUUCUCCAUGCCAAAACGGUGGUCUAUGCCAAAAUUCACAAGGAACUUAUUCAUGCACAUGUAGAACUGGCUGGACUGGUAUUCACUGUGAAACUGAUAUCAAUGAAUGUCUUGUGAACAAUGUAUGCCAAAAUGGAGGCUUUUGUAUCAAUAUAGCUGGCUCUUAUCAAUGCCAAUGUCCCUCACAAUGGACUGGAAAUAAUUGCGAAAUUGAUGUCAAUGAAUGUUUGAACAGCCCUUGUCUACAUGGAUCAGUAUGUAACAAUAUCAAUGGUUCCUACACCUGUGAUUGUCGGCCAGGCUGGGCUGGAAUACAUUGUGAAUCGGAUAUCAAUGAAUGUAACACCCCAGACCAAUGUAAAAAUGGAGGAACAUGUUUAAAUACUGAAGGCUCUUUUACCUGCAACUGUGUACAAGGAUGGAUUGGAGAAAGAUGCCAAAAUGAUGUUGACGAAUGUCUUUCUCGUCCUUGUAUUCAUGGUGGGACAUGCAUUAAUACUGCAGGGUCUUAUCAGUGUCAAUGCCAUCCUGGUUGGACAGGGUCUAACUGUGAACAAGAUGUAAACGAAUGUGCGAGUCAGUCAACUUGCUAUAAUGGUGGGCUUUGCACCAAUACCCAGGGUUCCUUUUUCUGUACCUGUGGUGCUGGGUGGACUGGGAAUGACUGCAGUCAGAAUAUUAAUGAGUGUUUACAGAAUCCCUGCCAGCACAAUUCCACAUGUAUUGACUUGGAGGGCUACUAUAAAUGCCAGUGUAGCAAUGGGUACGCUGGAUACAAUUGUGAAUUGGACAAGAAUGAAUGCGAUAAUAACCCCUGUCUUCAUCAGUCCACAUGUAUUAACCUGAUGGGAUCCUACAUGUGUAUUUGUCAAGCUGGAUGGACUGGGCAAAACUGUAAAUUGGACAGAGAUGAGUGCAGUGGUAAUCCUUGUCAGAAUGGAGGGACUUGUAUCAAUAGUAAUGGAUCAUACCAGUGCAGCUGCACUCCAGGCUGGACAGGAACAAAUUGUACCAAAGAUGUAGAUGAAUGUCAAGCAAAUCCUUGUCGAAAUGGAGGAACUUGCUUGAAUACAUAUGGGUCGUAUGUUUGUUCGUGUUCUUUAGGAUGGACAGGGACCAAUUGUGAAAAUGACAUCAACGAAUGUUUAGAGCCGCUGUCUUGUGUUCACGGCACAUGCACCAAUGGUUAUGGUUCCUUUGUUUGCCAGUGUGAACAAGGAUGGUCUGGCAUUAAUUGUGACAUUGAUGUUAAUGAAUGCUUGUCAACACCUUGUAAAAAUGGAGGAACAUGUCUAAAUAUGGCCGGGUCUUAUUCAUGUGCUUGCGCACAGGGAUGGAGAGGUCGAAAUUGUUCAGAAGAUAUUGAUGAAUGUGCAACAUUGCCUUGUGUCCAUGGAUCAUGUAAUAACCUUCCUGGAACCUUUCAGUGUAUAUGUGAUAAAGGAUGGACAGGACGUUAUUGUGAUCAAGACGUAAAUGAAUGUCAGGUCAACCCCUGUCAGAAUGGGGGAACAUGUGUGGAUAACGCAGGAUCACAUAGCUGUGUUUGUUUGACGGGUUGGACAGGACAAAACUGUACUCAAGACGUCAAUGAGUGUCUAGCCUCACCGUGCGUACAUGGUUCCUGCAGUAACUUACCUGGAUACUUCCUGUGUACCUGCGAAGCCGGGUGGACGGGAACUUUGUGUGAUAGCGAUAUCAAUGAGUGUACGAAUUCCCCCUGUGUCAAUGGUGUUUGCAGAAAUUCUGUGGGAUCUUUUCAAUGUCUUUGUAACACAGGCUGGACUGGUGCCCUGUGUGAUCAAGAUAUAAAUGAAUGUUUAAGUACUCCCUGUGCACAUGGUACCUGUACUAAUACACAAGGAUCAUUCCAAUGCUCUUGUGAGCAAGGAUGGACUGGAUCUUUGUGUGACCAAGAUAUAAAUGAAUGUUUAAGUACCCCCUGUGUACAUGGUACCUGUACUAAUACUCAAGGGUCGUUCCAAUGCUCUUGUGAACAAGGCUGGACUGGAUCUUUGUGCGAUCAAGAUAUAAAUGAAUGUUUAAACAAUCCAUGUGUUCAUGGCACCUGUACAAAUACACUUGGUUCAUUUCGAUGUUCUUGUGAACAAGGGUGGACUGGAUCGUUGUGUAACCAAGAUAUCGAUGAAUGUUUACAAUCACCGUGUAAACAUGGGCAAUGCAGCAACACUCUAGGGUCAUUUACAUGUACUUGUGAUGCAGGGUGGACAGGAAUUUUAUGUGACACGGAUAUCAAUGAGUGUCAAUCAACACCUUGUAAUAAUGGUGUCUGCACUAACACUGAGGGAUCCUUCCGGUGUACAUGUAACCAAGGAUGGCAAGGAACUCUCUGUGAUCAAGAUAUUGAUCACUGUUCCAAUAACCCUUGCGUACAUGGCACUUGUACCGACACUGGUUCUACAUAUAGAUGUACUUGUGAUCCUGGUUGGACAGGGCAGAACUGCGAUCAAGAUAUAAAUGAAUGUAUUACAUUAGCACCAUGUGCUAACGGAGGAACGUGUACAAACGUCGAUGGAACAUUCUUAUGCACGUGUCCAGCAGGUUGGACUGGAAUAACUUGUAGGACAGACGUUGAUGAGUGCCUUAAUUCUCCUUGUCUCCAUGGCAACUGCUCCAAUAUUUUUGGUUCUUAUUCCUGUUUGUGUGAGGCAGGAUGGACAGGCACCAAUUGUAGUCAAGAUGUGGACGAAUGUCUCCAGAUACCAUGUGUGAACAAUGGCACUUGUGUUAAUACUGCUGGAUCUUUUUAUUGUCAAUGUCCGGUUGGACUGUCUGGGGACAAAUGUGACUUAGUUGAUAUUACAGACAUCACUUUGACAUUUUAUAUCGUUAAUUUCCCGUGGGUAGACGAUCUGGCAGAUAACUCAUCAAUAAUUUUCCAAAGCUAUGCUGGAAGGUUCUGUCGAGAUGUAGACAUCAUAUUCGCUUUCCGUGCUGCGGACUACCCUGGGUAUCUGUAUUGUAAGGUCGUGUCCUUUGGGAAAGACCCUCUGAACAUAUCGGUAGUGCUUACACUGGGAGGACAUGACUACACCUCUGGGUUUGAUGUACAGUUGAGAGAUGCAAUAUUUGAAACGACUCGGGAAUACAGAUACCUAAACUAUAUUGUUCACUUAAUAGGAGAUAUUCUCAUUGUGUCAGGCAGAAUAGCACACGAUUCUUGGCUCACGAAUAUGACGAUGUAUAUAUAUGAUGACUUCCAAUACAAACCCGAGUACUCGAAUAGUAAUUCUACUGAGUUUAAAAAUUUUGAAAGCUCGUUCUGCAAUGAUAUUGACUCUUUCUUUCAAAAUAGUAAUUUGACGUCUCGAUAUUAUCGCUGUUUCUUUGAUCAUAUUGGGUCCGUUGCACCACACACCCUGACCUUCAUUAUGGUGUUCAAUGGAACCGACACAGUGUCACGUGACAUGACAACUAACGUGAUCAGUGUUGGAGCUCCACAUUACAACGUUGAGAAUUUGGAUCUGAUGUUCAUUGGUUCUCAAUUUGUCUAUCUGCAUCGUGGAUACAACAACAUCGCUAUUAACAUAACAGAUUUUACAACUACCUCUGCUCCCAUUACAACGGAAAGUCCGUUGAAAACAUUGAUAAACAUCACGUUUGUCUUAAAAAAUCUGACAUACACACAGCAGUUAGCAAACUCGGAAUCCCAAGAAUUCAAGGCUUUGGCAUACCCCUUCUGUCAAUAUUUAACAGACCUAUACUCUACUCGAGACCGAUUUAGGAAUAUUUAUGAACUGUGUCAAGUAAUGGCUUUUAUCCAAGAAAAUGGACGAGAUAAGAUAAAUUUUAUCCUGCAGUUUAAGGGUGCACAAGAUCCUACUCUUCAGGAAUUUAUAUACGGAAUUCUCAUAGAGAAUGCUCCUAGAGCAAUAGUUAAUGGAGAGAUAUCAAUAAUUGUUGGUCCACUGGCAGUGUUUGACGACUCCCUGGCCAUUAAUCAGGCCACGGUUACUUACUCACUGCCACCAGACCUUACAACGCCCAGUUCUCUCCUGACCGCUGCACCGCUAGUGACAGAUCCGUGCAAAGACGCUCCAAACAGCGCUAACCUCCCCGUUCCCGAAAACUGUCACAAGUUUUAUAAAUGCUCCUUUGGAAUCUCUUACCUCUUUGAAUGUCCAGGAAACACCGUAUUUUUCCCGGACAGAAACCAGUGUGAUAACAACGACGGUACCAUAAAAUGUUAACCGUAAAAGAGAAGAGUUAUAUUGUUUGAGAAAUCCAGAUUCAUGGACUCAUUUUUGUAUAUUUAUUUAACCUUUCAUGUUUAUU